AUGCCUCUCUCCGGCUCAAACACCCAAUUCGACUCCUCCAAACUCGCCCUGCUGGUCGAAACACGUCCACUCCCAAUACUGGCUCCCCUGUUACUGCAAUUCAUCUCCGUCGUUCCACCAGAUUGGCCCUUUCUAUUCAUGGGCUCUCAUGCCUCCAUCGCAACCAUCAACACCUCCUUCGCCAUCCGCCAGCGCGUUAUGGAAGGCAAACUCACUCUAGCUCCAGUCCCUGCCAACAUGAGCGUCCAAGGCCAGGAGAUGGUCAGUCGCUUCUUCACGAACUUGUGGCUAUACGAAAAGGUACUCCAUCCUGCCGAGUGGUUGCUGGUGUUUCAGACAGACUCGAUCAUCUGCGCAAACAGCAAGCAUGACCUCGAUGACUAUCUCGAAUACGACUGGGUCGAGGAUGUCUGGCUCACAGAACGCCUGGCUCACCAUCCCGAGGCAAAGUUAGCCAACGGAACCGUGUCUCUGACCUUUUCAGGCGAGUUACACAGCGGUCUCCCCGAGAAAGUUGACAAGACGAGAAUCAAUAGGACUCUUGAGCACCCCAAGAACGUCAGGGGCAUUGAUGAUUGGCGAGAGGGCUUCUACGAACCCAUGGGCUACCACACUGGUGGCGGAGGAGUAUGGCUCCACGCGCCCAUCUGGGGAACUCCUGCGCUGAGGCGGCAUAUCUGGUCAUACUGUCCCGAAGUCAAGAUGACGCUGGAUAUGGACGUGGCGAGAUAUAUGCCAGGGAAUUGCCGCAGCCGUUGGAAGAGGUAG